CUUCGGGGAAAACUAAAACAAAAAAAAAAAAAAAUGAACAGAGCAGUAAAUUUUUCGCAGAGCUCGAAAAAUGGCGACUUUACUGCCUCGUACGUUAGGUCUUGCCGAGGCUGUAUUUAGGAAAAAUGGGGCUAAGUUGUUGGCAGCAUCAACACCCAGUAACAACAAGCAGCAGGUCAGGAACCUGAAUGUCCAUGAGUACAUCAGCUACACAUUGCUACGUGAUGCUGGAAUCCCUGUGCCAAAGUUCAACGUGGCCAAGACCAAGGAAGAGGCUGUUCAGUUUGCCAAGGACCUUAACACCAAGGACAUUGUGCUCAAAGCACAGGUUCUCGCAGGAGGUCGCGGGAGGGGCGCCUUUAAAAAUGGCCUGAAAGGCGGUGUCCGAAUGGUAGACAAUCCUGAGACGGCGGGAGACAUCGCAGGCAAAAUGUUGAACCAAUACCUGGUGACGAAGCAGACGGGCGCCGCGGGCCGCAUCUGCAACAUGGUGAUGGUCACGGAGCGCAAGUUCCCACGCCGGGAGUUCUACAUCGCCAUCAUGAUGGAGCGCAGCUUCAACGGCCCUGUGAUCAUCGCGUCGUCCCAAGGAGGUGUGAACAUCGAGGAUGUGGCCGCGGAGAACCCUGACGCCAUCACUUACGAGCCCAUCGACAUCGUGCAGGGAAUGUCUGACGAGCAGAUCAACCGCGUCAUCCAGAAGAUUGGCCUGGGCGCAAUGGCCGAUGAGGUGUCUAAUGUCAUCAAGAAGAUGUACGAGCUGUUCUGCCAGAAAGAUGCUCUGCUCAUCGAAAUCAACCCCUACGCAGAAGACGCUCUCACUGGAAAAUUCUUCUGCCUGGACGCUAAAUUCCGAUUCGACGACAACGCCCAGUUCAGACAGAAGGAGCUGUUCGCGCUCAGAGACACCACACAGGAGGACUCGAAGGAAAUUGAAGCCGCCAAAUUCGACCUCAACUACAUUGCCCUUGACGGUAACAUCGGGUGCAUGGUGAACGGCGCGGGCUUGGCGAUGGCGACGAUGGACAUCAUCAAGCUGUACGGCGGCGACCCCGCCAACUUCCUCGACGUCGGCGGCGGCGCCACCGCGCAGGCUGUCUCGGAAGCUUUCAAGAUCAUCCUUGCGGACCCGAAGGUGUCAGCCAUAAUGGUGAACAUCUUCGGCGGCAUCAUGAGGUGUGACGUCAUCGCCGAGGGCAUCAUCACCGCCGCCAAGAAUCUUAACAUCCAGAUUCCAGUCAUCGUGCGCCUUCAGGGCACGAAAGUAAACGAGGCGCGGAAGUUGAUCGCGGACUCCGGACUGCGCAUCGUGCCGCGCGACGACCUGGAUGAGGCGGCCAAACUCGUCGUCCAGCUGUCGGAGAUCGUCGGCCUCGCCAAAAAGGCCGGCGUCGAGGUGAAGUUCGACAUACCUAAAUACAUGUUCGAGAAGUAGACCGCUCAGUAUUCACGACGCGACGGGUGAUAUUCCACCUACUUUACAAUACAACGGAGCCAGGACUGGCUGGAAAGACCAGAUUUUGCCUCAACUAGGCGCUAACUAAUAAGUAGGUUGAAUGUCGUCGCGUGUAAAGUAUGUGACAAAUAGUCAUUGCAUUAUAUUACGAACGUAAAUGUUGUGUGCAUUGGUAACUUUUAACAGUUCAAACCAAUAUUCAGACAAAAAUCUUUAUACAAACGAGUAGACGGUAUUAAGACAUUAUGGUAAUAUGCUUAUGCGCACUCGAUGUGUUCUUAAAUGAUAUUAUUCACUUCGAUCACACACGUAAAGUACGAAUUAAAAUACGGGAUAAAUAUUUGAUUGUAGUUAGGUAAGAUAAAUAUUUCUUAUUAUAUUUUUUUCUUUUGACCUAUGUACUUUGUGAUAAUUUUACAUUUCAAUUAUUCGCUGUAUACUAAUACCUCACAUAUUCGUAGCGUAUGUUGGGUAUUCAGGAGAAUCGGUUUUUAUUGUGUCGCAGCACUUAGUUCAAGCAGAUUUCUUAUUUUGUAAGUCAUAAUUAUUUCAUUCAUAAAUUAUUUAUUUACAUCAUAGUGGUGUUGUAAGGUAGUGAAUAAGUUGUUGUUGAUUGUUAAGUAGUUAGUUCAAAUUAUUUAACAUGUAUAAGGAACACCCUGCAUUUCAUGUGAUAGAUGUGCUUUGCAAAGACGGUGCGUGGUUGAAAACCGCGUCAUACUUUUGUGAGUCGCUGACAACCAAAAACUUCAAUUGUAACGUUGCGUACUGUAAUUUAUAUUCGAUUGUACAUUCAUGCGACUGUCCCAGGGACGUCAAAACGUGUAUCAGCGCAAUAAUCAUUGUAUUUCCUAUAUGUAUUAUAAAGUAGAUGUUCUUUUGUAAAUAGCAACAAUUUGUUAAGUUCAUGUAUUAAAAUAAAUUUAAAUGGGCAGUUGUCGGAAAGUUAUAACGCGCAUAAUGUCGUUAACUUGUUUACAUCAUCAUAUUAAAUAAACUAUAUUAGAUCUGA